UUUUUUUCAUUUCAUUUUCUUUAUUUCUUUUUCUUUCUUUUUUUUUACCGCUACCACCCGCCACCCCUUAGCCGGGUUCAGGGGUGGUGGCACAUCCUCAAAAGGGCUGCAUGAAUGACACAACGCAAAGGCGAGAAGACGACCAUCAGCAUCCAGGAGCACAUGGCCAUUGAUGUAUGUCCAGGUCCCAUUCAGCCCAUCAAGCAGAUAUCUGACUAUUUCCCCCGUUACCCACGGGGUCUCCCCCCCACAGCUCCUCCGGCCCUCAGCCGCGCCGGCUCCCUGCGGAGCAGCUCCACCAGCCAGAAGACAGAGGGCCCGGCCCCUGACCCCAACAGGGAUGAAGAAGACCUGGACCAAGCCUUCGGCGCCACCGCACUCGUGGCCAGCAAGAAGGAGGAAGAGCCCGACGUGGAAGGCUACGAUUCGGACGACUCCACUACGCUCGGCACUCUGGACUUCAGCCUUCUGUAUGAUCAGGAGAACAAUGCUCUGCACUGCACUAUCAACAAAGCCAAGCUCCCUGUACCCAGAUACAAAAAGGGACUCAAACCAAUGGAUCACAAUGGGUUGUCAGAUCCCUAUGUUAAGCUGCACCUGCUGCCUGGAGCUAGUAAGGCCAAUAAGCUCCGCACCAAGACCCUACGCAACACUCUCAACCCUGUCUGGAGUGAGACCCUGACUUAUUAUGGAAUAACAGAUGAAGAUAUGGUUCGCAAAACACUCAGGAUUUCAGUGUGUGACGAGGACAAAUUCCGCCACAACGAAUUCAUCGGCGAAACCCGAAUCCCCCUGAAGAAACUCAAACCCAACCAGACCAAGAGCUUCAGCAACUGUUUGGAGAAACAGCUUCCUAUUGACAAGACAGAUGACAAGUCUCUGGAGGAGCGAGGGCGCAUCAUGAUCUCUCUGAAGUACAGCUCUCAGAAGUCUGGCUUAGUGGUUGGCAUCAUCCGCUGUGCCCAUCUCGCUGCCAUGGAUGCCAAUGGCUUCUCUGACCCCUAUGUUAAAACGUAUCUCAAGCCAGAUGAGAACAAAAAAUCAAAGCACAAGACAACUGUCAAAAAGAAGACCCUCAACCCCGAAUUCAAUGAAGAGUUUUUCUAUGAGAUCAAGUACGCUGACCUCAGUAAAAAGACCCUGGAGGUGACCGUUUGGGACUAUGACAUCGGCAAAUCCAACGAUUUCAUUGGUGGAGUCUCUUUAGGCAUAAACGCCAACGGCGAGAGGCUAAAACACUGGUUUGACUGCCUGAAAAACAAGGACAAGAAAAUCGAGCGCUGGCACACGUUAACCAAUGAACUCCCUGGUUCAGGGUACAAUGACUGAAAGGCUCGCGAAG